UCCGGAUCAAGUAAAAUCGACGUGUACAGUUUAAUUCUAAUGAGGUGGCGGAUCGUGUUAUAAACAUUUUCACAGAGAAUUUUGAAAAUGCAGUGGCCGUCGUUGAGCUUGAUUUUCACGCAAAUAUUUCUAGCUUACAUUGUUUAUACGAUUUACAGUAUGUCACUGUUAUUCGUGACACCGUCUUGCGAGGAUGGCAAGCCGUGUUUGAAGUCUUACUUGAACCAAAAGCCACGUCUGCAGCUGCAGAUUUACAGUUCCGUUGAGAAAUAUCCAGCUGAUAGACAGCAACUAGAUUUCAUUUACAGCGCCAGAGAUUUUAAUUACACGCAUUCAAACAGUUUUCCAGUGUCUUUGAAUGUUCCACGUAAAACAAGAAACAAUGGGACAUUGUUCCUCCAUUUUUUCAUUGAACCCAGUUCUAAUAAACAUCGCGAAAGUAUCAUGGAUGUAGAAAAAGAUCCAUAUAUAUCUUACACCGCUAUUGAGAUGACACAAUAUGUUAUUCCUAAAGCAGAGGCUAUUAAUUUGUUGGGAGAGAAGGAUUCAAAUGCAAAGAAGAAAAAAGAAACGUUUCUACAUCCUGUGACACACAUAAAAAGCCGUAUAACAUUUACAAUAAUGACUGAUGAUAUAAAACUUCCUGUUCACAAUGUACCUGCAGAACUUAUACAUCACUUAAAGAUUGUACAGGGCAGAACAUUUCUACCUAUUGUUAAAAAUGAUUUCCUACAAACUAGACACAGUGAUUUAGUGAGACUAAUGCCGCACAAUAAUACAGUUAAUAUGACACUGCAGUAUUCACCAAUUUCCCUUGGAAAGUUGAGGAUGUUGUUGCACGUUGAAGGUUCUAUGCAGACUAUGAAAUAUCUUGGAUUUUCUGACAAAGAUGUAGACGAAGUUAAAGGCAUUUUUGCAGAUACUAACAUAUAUCUUUUAGGAGGAACAUUCUUCAUUGCAACCAUUCAUUUGCUGUUUGAUUUUCUUGCCUUUAAAAAUGAUGUCAGUUAUUGGAGGAGGAAAGAUAAUCUUGUUGGCCUUAGUAGAUGGACUGUUGUUUGGAGAGGGAUCAGUCAGACUGUUGUAUUCCUCUAUCUACUUGAAGAAGGUUCCUCUUUGCUUGUGCUUAUGCCUGCUGGAAUAGGAUCUAUAAUUGAGAUAUGGAAACUGAAGAAGGUGUUGAAGCUUAGACUAAACAAAAGUCACAAUAGCGUGGCUGAAAUGAAAACAAGAGAAUUCGAUAUGGAAAGCAUGCGUUAUUUAAGCUACUUGUUAUAUCCUCUUGUUAUUGGGGGAGCGAUUUAUUCUUUGCUUUAUCAACCGCACAAAAGUUGGUACUCGUGGAGUAUAAACUCGUUGGUGAAUGGUGUUUAUGCAUUUGGAUUUCUAUUCAUGCUUCCUCAACUGUUCGUGAACUAUAAACUGAAAUCCGUGGCGCAUCUGCCAUGGAGAACAUUCAUGUAUAAAGCGUUUAAUACAUUCAUCGACGAUGUGUUUGCAUUUGUAAUUGUUACACCGACCGCACAUCGAAUAGCAUGCUUCCGAGACGACACUAUUUUUCUUAUUUAUCUGUAUCAAAGAUGGCUGUACCCCGUUGAUAAGUCUCGACCAGACGGCGACACAAUUGGUGAAGAAUCUGUCGAUUACGGGAGCUCGAGUAAAAAAACCAAUUAAAUACAAUUUAGAGAUAAAAAUGUUACAUAGGGUUAAAAUUAUAUUUUUCACUGUUUGUGAUAUAUAGUAAGACGGUGAUAACUUGUUGACAUGUGAAAUCAACAUGACGUAUUUGUUAAUGAAACGUAUAAUAUCGAGCGUGGCAAUGUUACAUUCUGACGACGAAAUUACACAGAUGGCAGUAUUAAUUAUAAAAAACACAUUCGGCACAACAUCUUUUGAAUAUAUUACCAUUGUUUCUUUACAGGAAUUUUUUAUAUAUAAGCGAUUU